AUGUCUGGCCACUACCGUGCAGUCCCCAAUGGACCAAGCGCAACACAAGUGAGCAACUGUGAGACAAGCGCAACACAAGUAAGCAACUGUGAGACAAGCGCAACACAAGUGGGCAACUAUGAGACAAGCGCGACACAAGUAAGCAACUGUGAGACAAGCUCAACACAAGUGAGCAACUAUGAGACAAGCGCGACACAAGUAAGCAACUGUGAGACAAGCGCAACACAAUUAAGCAGCGGUGAGACAAGCGCAACACAAGUGAGCAACUGUGAGACAAGCGCAACACAAGUGAGCAACUAUGAGACAAGCGCAACACAUGUAAGCAACUGUGAGACAAGCGCGACACAAGUGGGCAACUGUGAGACAAGCGCAAUACAUGUAAGCAACUGUGAGACAAGCGCAACACAUGUAAGCAGCGGUGAGACAAGCGCAACACAAGUGGGCAACUGUGAGACAAGCGCAACACAAGUAAGCAACUGUGAGACAAGCGCAACACAUGUAAGCAACUGUGAGACAAGCGCAACACAUGUAAGCAACUGUGAGACAAGCGCAACACAAGUGAGCAACUGUGAGACAAGCGCAACACAUGUAAGCAACUGUGAGACAAGCGCAACACAAGUGGGCAACUGUGAGACAAGCGCAACACAAGUAAGCAACUGUGAGACAAGCGCAACACAUGUAAGCAGCGGUGACACAAGCGCAACACAUGUAAGCAACUGUGAGACGAGCGCGACACAAGUGAGCAACUGUGAGACAAGCGCAACACAAGUAAGCAACUGUGAGACAAGCGCAACACAAGUGAGCAACUGUGAGACAAGCGCAACACAUGUAAGCAACUGUGAGACAAGCGCAACACAUGUAAGCAACUGUGAGACAAGCGCAACACAUGUAAGCAGCGGUGAGACAAGCGCAACACAAGUGAGCAGCUGUGAGAGAAGCGCAACACAAGUGAGCAGCUGUGAGAGAAGCGCGACACAAGUAAGCAACUGUGAGACGAGCGCAACACAAGGGAGCAACUGUGGAGACACAUUUUGA